AUGCCCAUGCGCAAAGACAAGCUCGUGCGAGACUACUUUGGCGAGCAGCUCUUCAUUACGACAUCGGGGCACUUCUCGACCUCUGCGCUCAUGUUUGCUAUUGGCGAGAUAGGCGCCCAUUCUAUCAUGUUCUCGAUCGACUAUCCUUUCGAGAGCAUCCCGAACGCUUGCGGAACCGCACAACCUGAAGCCAAUGACGCCUCGCCAAUGUGA